CGGCGGGGGGAGAGGGCGUGGCCUGGGCGGACGGGGGGCGGGAGGGGUCAGUCCGCGAUCAGCUGCGGGAGCGCGGGGAGAUGCCGCUGGCCCGCAGCGUGUCCGUGAGCUCCCUGCCGGGCCUGGAGGAUUGGGGGGGUCCCGGCGCCCCCGACAACGUCGUGCUCUUCGAGGUGGCCUGGGAGGUGGCCAACAAAGUGGGGGGGAUCUACACGGUGCUGCAGACCAAGGCGCGGGUGACGGCCGACGAGUGGGGCGAGAGCUACGUGCUGGUGGGGCCCUACGUGGAGAGCGCCGUGCGCACCCAGGUGGAGCUGCUGGAGCCGCCCCAGCCCGCCCUGCGCCGCACCCUGGCCGCCAUGAACGCCCAGGGCUGCAAGGUGCAUUUUGGGCGCUGGCUGAUCGAGGGCAGCCCGGCCGUGGUGCUGCUGGACGUGGGGGCCACGGCCUGGAGCCUGGAGCGCUGGAAGGGCGAGCUCUGGGAGAGCUGCGCCAUCGGCGUGCCCUGGUACGACCGCGAGGCCAACGACGCCGUCCUCUUCGGCUUCCUCGUCGCCUGGUUCCUCGGAGAGGUGGGUCUGGGGUUUGGGGUGCCCUGGUACGACCGCGAGGCCAACGACGCCGUCCUCUUCGGCUUCCUCGUCGCCUGGUUCCUCGGAGAGGUGGGUUUUGGGGUGCCCUGGUACGACCGCGAGGCCAACGACGCCGUCCUCUUCGGCUUCCUCGUCGCCUGGUUCCUCGGAGAGUUUGCGGCGCAGAGCGAGGAGCGGCCGUUCAUCGUGGGCCACUUCCACGAGUGGCUGGCGGGGCUGGGGCUGGUGCUGAGCCGCGCCCGGCGCUUGCCCGUGGCCACCAUCUUCACCACGCACGCCACGCUGCUGGGCCGCUACCUGUGCGCCGGGAGCGUGGACUUCUACAACAACCUGCACAGCUUUGACGUGGACAAGGAGGCAGGUGAGCGGCAGAUCUACCACCGGUACUGCCUGGAGCGCGCGGCCGCGCACUGCGCCCACGUGCUGACCACCGUGUCCCACGUCACCGCCGCCGAGGCCGAGCACCUGCUCAAGCGCAAGCCAGGUGUG